AUGGAGGCUAAUUAAGUAAACGACUAAGUCAUAAAAUAGUUAUUAUAUUCAAAAAAGUAUAAAGAAUUAAUCGAAGCAGGUUCGCAAUUGGGAUUGGUGAAAUCGUAUUAGAAAAUGAAAUAUGAUGGGAUAAUUUAUUCAGUGGGCUAAAUAGUUUAAUUAUCGAUUGAUGGGAACAGGGAUAAGAAAACAUAUGGAAAGUUAAUAGGGUUUUGUAAUUUAUAAGUGGAUGAGUAUUUGAUACCCAUGAUCAAAGUGUAAAAGUAUAUUAAUAAAUUGGAAUUGCCCUCAAAGUUAAAGGAGUUAUAGGAAGGGAUAAGUGAGUUUGAACUGUUUUAGUCAGAGAUGGAGGAAUGGUUAUUUUGCACUUAGAUUGAUCAUGAAAUAAAGUUGAUAUCGAUUAAGGAAUACGAGGAAAUGACAAUUUAAAAUGAGAGAACAUAUUUCACGAGGGCAGAUUAUAAUGUAGAGAAGGAUAAGUUUACCCCUCCGAUUUCAAAGUGGACAAGAAUCUGUAUUUGCAAUCAAAUAUCAAAUCCUGAUAAAUCAUACAUUCAAUGUGACAAAUGUUCUAAAUGGUUACAUUACGAAUGUGCUGGUGUUUAAGCCUAAUAGGCAUAAGACAUGAACUUUUAUUGUUCAAUGUGCAGAAAGAAAUGA